AUGCCACCAGAGAACCAACCAGAAGAACUCGCUCAUUUCGAGCACGAGCUCUUAUCAAAUGAUAAUACCUGGACAUAUCCUCCAAAUGCAGGAACCACUGAUAUGUUUACAGCCGAUAGUCUCCAUUUUGAUGGUUCUGGCUUUCAUGCAGGGGGUCCGUUUGAUACUCAGCUAUUGGAUGCAUCCGAUCUAUGUUUCCUGGAUUCUACAUAUGAUGCCACCAACACAACUCCUGCUAUCCCGUCUUUCAUGGGACAUGAAUUAGGACCGGAUAGUUUUCCUGCUUCGGUUUCUUCCUUGGAUGGAUUUUCAGAUAUGAUGAAUGUCUACUCGGGGACAACGAGUCCUGGGAAUGGUCUAGCGCAGGACACGUCAAAUACUCAACUGUUCGAGGGGUUCUCGUGGAAUUGGGAGACAAGCCCUGCUCUGACAGACCCGAUCAUGGUCUCGGAACCUAGCGAAGAACCGGCUUCUGCACCGCUGUCACAACAACCUGUUCGCGUGCCACGCACUAGAAGUGGCUUGCCGCGGCGCAGAAGUCGGUAUCUCGUCUCUCGACCUGUCGAAAGGACCCCUCCUAUCCAAAUCCCCACAGCAAAGGAGAUGGAUCCGAUGCAACGAUGGCAGGAAUCCCCGCCCGAGGAUGAACCAGCUUCACUCACUGCAAUCAUGAACGCUGUCGACGAGAUGCCGACUAAUAACAGCCCUGGCCAAGCGAGUGGCAGCAGAGUAAACAAGGCCUUCAAACACUAUCGUCAAUCAGCGUCAAUCACAAGCGGAGAGUUCAGUGCCUCUUCUGCAGACUCGGCAUACUCGUCGACAGGGCGAUCGACUCCUCAGAGCGGUCGCAGCCGUCGGUCAAAGGGGCGGGUUGCUAAGAGUAAAGCGAAGCCAUGGAAUGAUACGAAGCCGCGCAUAUUCUGCUGUACCUUUUGCUGCGAUCGGUUCCGAAGCAAGUAUGAUUGGGUGCGACAUGAAAAGUCUUUGCAUUUGAACCUGGAGACGUGGUAUUGCGCUCCUCUGGGUCCGUCGGUAUUCUCCGAGACGACCGGUCAAGAGCACUGUGCAUACUGCAAUACCCCGAACCCGUCCCGCGACCAUUUUACCCAGGAGCAUAACUACGAAGAAUGCCAGAACCUGUCCAAGGCAUCGCGAUCAUUCAGACGGAAGGAUCAUCUCGUGCAGCAUCUCCGCCACGUACACCAAGUCAACAUCGUCCCGUCCAUCGACGACUGGAAGCAGGAAUCCAAGAACAUCACAUCAAGAUGUGGCUUCUGCGACCUAAAGCUCCACGACUGGGACGAACGCAUCGAACAUAUCGGUGACCACUUCCGUUCCGGCUUCACCAUGAAAGACUGGCAAGGCGACCACGGCUUCCCACCGUCCAUCACAGCACAACUGAGAAACGCAUUCCCGCCGUACCUCAUCGGUGCCGAAUCCGAAAGCAUGAUCCCAUUUUCCUCGACCAAUGCACACGUUCGGGAUCACUACGCGCAAAUGUCCACUCGAGUGCAGGCCUCAAGGGGCGAGGGGAAUGCCGGCUUGGAAGAAGAGCCUAGUACGGCUGGCGCGACGGAUGCUACGAGGUCGCAAUUUGAUAAUUUUCUGGGAAACUUUACGCGCCAUUUAGGCCAGUUUGCGCGUCAGCAGAUGCAGAAUGGCGUUAUUCCUACGGAUGAGAUGUUUCAGCAGGAAGCUCGGAGGGUGGUUUUUGAUUGUGGGGAUGAGUGGGAUCAGACUAUUGCUGAUAAUCCGGUGUGGUUGUCUUCGUUUAGACGGUUGCAUUGUGAGAAUGAGGAGGGGAGUAAUGAUGGUUGA